AUGGAAGAAGGUUUGAGCACUAUUAAAAAAAUUAAAAGCAAUAUGAGCAAAAUUUGCUUUAACAAGUCGAAUAAGCUGAAUGCUGAUUUUAAAGAUGAUCAUAUUGAGAUAAUCUUAGAUAACAAAAACAUAACACCAAAGCCGAUAUAUUUCAGUUUUCAAGAAACGGAAACAAAGAAAUCGUUUGAUCAAAUUGACCAUUUACUAAAACAUUUUGAUGAUAAAAAUGAGGGAGACACCAAAAAAGAUGGUAUAACAGAAUCAUACGAUCAUGAAAAAAUAAGGGGCAUAUUAGACGAAAAUUUAAAAAUAUCACUAGAAAAAAAAAAGUAUAUACAUAGAGAUGUAAAACUAAGAAGCCCAUUAAAAUACGUUCAAGAUGAAAAAGAUAUUUUAGAAUCUUAUGAUGAAAUUUUAUUAAGCGAAACAGAAACAAUAACUCUAUUAAAUAUACCAAAUGUAAUAAAUGAUAUAGAAGAAGAAAAAUUGAUAAUUGAAGAAAAAAAUAAAAGAUAUGAAAAAUUAUUAAAUAAUGAUGAGAAUAAUUACAUAAAUAAGUCAAUGCAAACUUUAAAUGUAUUCAGAAAAAAUAAGGAUGUGUAUGUUUCUACUAUUAGCAAGCAAAAUAGAAGCUCCCAAACGAAUUUAUAUGAAUUGUACAAAUUAUCCAUACGAAACCCUUCAGACAUAUCAGAAUUAUUGCACAAAAAAUUCAUAAAAUAUAGAAACAAAAAGUUGAAAAAGAUAAUGGAUGAAUAUGGAGACUCCUUAAACAUUAACGAACGAAUAAUUUUAAAAAAGAACAUGUGGGUUCAAGUAGUUGACAAAAAUGUUGUUGAUAACAAACAUACAACAAUCAUACCGAAAUCUUUUUAUAAAUCUAAAAAGAAUAACACCUCCCUUUUUAAUACACUGUUCUUAACAAAAAACAUGUCUCGAACAUUAUCAAAUAAAAGCAGAACAUUCAGAACUAAGAACAGAUUUAAAAACAUGAAAACGAUGAAAUUUUUAACAAGUAGUUUUAGCGAAGAUGAAUAUUUAAUUAAGUCAAUAAUUAAAAAGAAAAAAGAGCAGAAUGAUAAUACAGAGGAAGGUCAAGAAUAUAUAGAAGACUCAAGUGUUAUGCCAUGGCAAAUAAAUAAUCCAAAAAAAAAUUUUAAUAAAACAAGUUUUGUACAAAUAUUAAAAACUAUUGAAAAACAUAUAGUACAAAACAUUUAUUCUUAUGAGCAAAUGAUUUAUAAAAACAUUAACGUAAAUUAUUUAUCAACAAAAAGAAAAGAUAACACCAUAAAGAUGUUCGACGGGGAAAAUUAUGAUGCUCUUACCAAUCCAAAUAUUAACUAUAAAAAAAAAAAAAUUAUUGUAAAAAUUAAGAUUAAAAAUAAUUUUAAAAAGUUAAUAAAUUUUCAUUUAAUUAACAAGGAUACUGAUACAAUUAAUGAAGCUAGAAAUUCUGGAAGGGACAUAAAUGAAAGAAGUGAUAAUAAUUUGGUUGUUUUUCUCAAUAAUAAUUUAAGUGACAUGGAUUAUACUAAUCUACUAAAAGAACGUUUAGAUAUUUUAUCAAAGAGAAAAAAAAAAAAAAUUAAUAAAGAAAUUUUAUCUAACAAAUUAAGGAAAGAAAUCAGAAAGAGAAUUAAAAAAAAAAAAAAAAAGGAAAAAACUACAGACAAGAAGGAGGAUUCUAGCACAAAUCUACACAUGCAGAAUGUAAGUGAUCAGAAUAAAAAUUCGGAUAAUAAAAAAGAAUUAACCAUAGAAAUAGGAAUAGAAGGUGAGAAUAAACCUGAAAAAGAUCAUCAAAUAUUAGAUAUUAUAACAAAUGAAGAGAGCAAAGAAGAUAAGAUAAAUAAAAUAAAUACGUUAAUCAUAGAUGAUGUUUUAAAAAAUAAUUGUAAUGAAGAAAAAAAAAAACAAAUUUCAGUAAAAGAAAAUAUAGAGAAAAAAAGAAUAUCAUAUGUAAUAAAAAAGAAAGAAAAAUUUUCAUCUAUAAAUGGUAAUAGAAUAAAAAUAAGUACUGAAGUUAAGCAAGAUGAUUACUCAUCUAAGUAUAACUAUGACAAUGAUGACAUAGUAUAUUAUAAGCAGAAUGGAGAAUAUAAUGAAAACAGGGAAAACAAUAUGCUAUAUAAUUCGAAAGUAAAAAAAUAUAUAAAGAAUAUAUCAAUAGAUAAACUGUUUCAGUUUCAUUAUAAAAAUUUAGAGAAAAUAGUAACAUCAAUAGAUACAAAUAAGUUCUAUCAAGAUUACAUAACAGCUAGCUAUUCUAACACUUUAGAUAUUGGUAGUUUUCAAAAUAGUAAGGGAAAUAUUGCUAUAUUUAGUUUCCUCAAUCCAACAUACCCAUUAAAAUUAUAUAACUUAAAUACGAGUGUUAUGAAAAUUAAAUAUUCUAAUAUUAAUCCUAAUAUUUUAGUAGCUGCAUUGUGUAAUGGGCAUAUUGAUAUUUACGAUAUUAGAAAUAGUGAUAAGUCUCCUGUUCUGAAAUCAACAACAAUAAAAAAUUAUUAUGAAAACUGUUUUGAACCUAUUUACGAUUUCUCUUUUAAAAAUAGUUUUGCUACCAAUAAUACAUUAGAAAGCGUUUUUUAUUCAGCACAUGAAAAUGGGUUUGUAUAUCAAUGGAACAUAGAAAAAGAAUUAAAAAAUAAAGAAAUUUUGUAUUUAAAAAAUAAAAAAAAUGAUUUAUAUCAAGAUUUAUCAUCUGUAUUUGAAAAUAAAAAUCAUGCGAAUAAACCAUUUAAUUCGUCCAUAACAUGUAUCGAUAUAGAUAACUAUAUGCACCAUGAUCAAGAUUUUAUUAUGAGCAAUAUAGGGAAAGACUCUUCGAACAAUUUAAAUGAAAAGGGAAAACUUUAUGACCACCUUACUGAGAAUUGUGCAAAUAGGAAAAAUCAGGAAUCAGUAGAUGAACAGAAACAAAUAGUUAAUCAUGUGUGUGAAGGGAUAAAUAAUAAAGCAGAGAACACUGUAGCAAUGAAUGAUAUAGAUGUGAAUAAUAUAGCAGAUCAUAAGAGUAAUGAUGUGGUGGAAAAGUAUACUAAACAGAUAUCAAAGGAAGAAGAGUUACUGAAUCACUAUAAGAACAUCACGGAAAAUAUUAUUGACAAGAAAAUCAAACCGACGCAUUCGUACUACUACCUAGGUACAAAGAAUGGCAUAAUAUACAGGUGUAAUAGCUGCUAUCAAAAAUCCUAUUUAAAUUAUUAUGUUGCACAUUUUGGUACUGUUAAUAAAAUUAAAAUAAAUAAAUUUGAUCAUGAUAUUUUUCUAAGUGCUGGAGAUGACUGCACAGUAAAGUUAUGGAGUAAGUUCUGCAAUAAUCAAAUUACAACAUUUAAAUCGAAGAAUUCCUUUUCCUCAAUCAACGAUAUAUUAUGGUUACCUAAUAAUUCUACAUCCUUUAUCUGCUGCUCUGAUGACGGCAGGGUAGAAUUAUGGGACUUCGAUUUUUUUUCAAAGGACCCUUUAAUUAUUUUCUACCCUAAUCCUGUCGAGUCAUCAAGAAUUAUAUCCCUAAAAAUGUUCAACAAAAAUGACAUAUUGCUGUGUGGAGACAACUUAGCAAAUGUAUCGAUGACGAAAAUAAAAAAUUUGUUUAACCCAGAAUUAGAUGACUAUGAACAAAAGAUGAAGUUAACAAAUUGUCUAAAAAAUUUAGAUACCUAUGACUAUUUCUAA